CAAAACGGCCGCGAAAGCCAACGGUUCAGAAAUCCUUCUGCUUCAUUCAACCAUCACUCCCACCGUUAAACCUUGCCUGGGCAGAGAAAAGGUAAGAACUUGCACUCCAAACCUCACACCUAAUGAUCCCUUUUUCCUUUUCUCCUCAUUUUCUUGAAAUAUAGGAGAGUCCCACUCUUGUACCCUAGCUGCUCUUCCAUGCUCAGGCGCGUCCACAAAUGGAAACCCCACCAUUUUCCACGAAAAUUUGCAUGCCUUUGUCCGUUCACAAUCUUCAUUUUCAACAAACACUCAGUCUCUGCUGCGAAGCUUGAAAAUGAGCCUGUCAGUUCCUCCUCUGUCGAUCCUAGCGCGGUUAACCCAGUUUGUGAAGUUCUCACGGGUUUGAGGAAUUUUGGCUUGAGAAAUUUCCUUGCCGGUGAAUAUUUCCGUUCCGUAUUUUGGAAGUUGAAUCAGCCCCAGGUGGAUCAAAUUAUCGAUUUUCUGAGGAGAGAGAAUUCAGAUGCUGCGUUGUUCUUCUUUUAUGCCUUGAGGAAUGACUAUGGGUUUCGACACUCCAGGGGUUCCCAGUUUGUUGUUGCGCAUGUUUUAGCAAGUCAAAGGCGGUUUGGGGACCUGCAGUUGGUCAUAAAGCAAAUGCUUGUACAGGAAGGUUCUGGUUCUGCUCCCUUACUUUGUGAGCUGCUCGUGAGGAGUUUCAGGGGCUGGGACUCAAAUAGUGUGGUAUGGGAUGCAUUGGCUUUUGCUUAUUCAAGAUAUGAGACGGUUAAUGAUGCCUUGCUUGUUCUGGCAUAUAUGAAAGACUUAAAUUUUCCGGCUUCUACACCUACCUAUAAUAGCUUGUUGCAUAACUUAAAACAUAGUGAAAUGUUUUGGGAUAUCUACAAUAAAAUGAGGCACAAUGGGGCUUGUGAAAACGAGUAUACUAGCUCCAUUCUCAUAGGUGGCCUAUGUGAGCAGGCUAGGCUAGAAGAUGCCAUUCUAUUUUUGAGGCAUUCUAAGGCAAAUGGACUUGGCCCUUCUGUCGUUUCCUUCAAUACAAUUAUGUCAAGAUUUUGUAAAUUGGGUUUUGUAGAUGUUGCAAAAUCUUUGUUCUGUAUGAUGCUUAAGCAUGGUCUGUUUCCUGAUGCGUAUAGUUACAAUAUUUUAAUUCAUGGUUUGUGUAUAGCUGGUUCCAUAGAGGAAGCUCUAAAUUUUAUAGACCACAUGAAAAAUCAGGGGAUAAAGCCUGAUAUAGUAACCUACAACAUUCUCGUCAAAGGGUUUCUCUUACUUGGCUUAAUAGAUGGGGUUUGGCAGCUCAUUCAGGACAUGUUGUGGGCUGGAUUAAAUCCUAAUGUUGUUACGUAUACAAUACUAAUUUGCGGGCAUUGUCAGAUGGGCAAUAUUGAAGAAGGUAUGAAGUUGCUGGAGGAGAUGGUUUCUCUUGGAUUUCAGUUGAGUCUCAUUCCAUACUGUGUAUUACUCAGUAGUUUGUGCAAAUUUGGACGUGUUGAGGAAGCACUAAGAUUGUUCUAUGACAUGGAAACUUCAGGCCUGAAACCAGAUCUCAUAACAUAUUCUGUUCUGAUUCAUGGGCUUUGCAAGCUAGGAGAAGUCCAGAGUGCUUUAAAGUUUUAUAGGGAAAUCUGUUCUAACAGAUUCUUCCCAAAUUCUUUCAUUCACAGUUCUUUUCUGGUAGCUAUGUGCGAAAAUGGAAUAACAAUGGAGGCUAGAAAGUAUUUUGAAGAUCUGACGAGCAAUGAACCACAGAAUAUAGUUUUUUAUAAUAUUAUGAUUGACAGAUAUGUAAAGUUUGGCAAUAUUGAGGAAGCUUCACAGUUGUAUAAAAGAGUUAUUGAGAAGGGAAUUGCUCCUACUAUUGUUACUUUCAAUUCCAUGAUUUAUGGAUUCUGCAAGAAAAAGAACUUAGGGCAGGCCAGAAAAUUGUUUCAACACAUUAGACGUUAUGGCCUAUUGCCAAAUGCCAUAACUUACACCACUCUUAUGAAUGCAUUGUGUGAAGCUGGAUAUAUGCAGGGCGUGAUUGAAUUACUACAAGAGAUGGAAGCAAAUAAUGUAAUUCCAACUCACAUUACUUAUACUGUAAUUAUCAAAUCUCUUUGCAAAAAUUGCAGGCUGAAUGAUUCCCUCCAAGUGCUUAAUGAUAUGCACUCUAAGGGUUUACAUCCAGAUCAAAUUACAUAUAAUACUGUCAUCCACUAUUUCUGUAAGGGUCACAACAUGGAAAGAGCCUUCCAAUUGUUCAAUGAGAUGUUAAGGCUGAAAAUGGAGCCUACUCCUUCAACGUAUAAUGUUUUGAUCAAUGGCCUUUGCAUUAAUGGUGGCCUAGAAUAUGCUGAUAGACUGCUAAUUGCUCUUGAAGAUCAGAAUGUCUGUUUGUCCAAAGUUGCUUACGCUGUAAUGAUAAAAGCACAUUGUGCAAAAGGGAAUAGUGUUGCGAUGGCACCUGAGAUCACCAUCAAUGCUAUUAGGGCAGCAAGGCUUCCAUGUAUCCAAUAUCCCUGCAAAGUGGUCCUCAUCUCUAUGAGGAACCUAUUAAUAUCUGAAUGUACAAAGAUAAGGCCAGGAAGCCCAGACUGCAACUAACACGGCCAAAAGGAAGAGAAAAGGGGGUAAAAGUGUUAUUUCACUCGAAAAAUUCUGUAUUAUUAACUUGAAGAUUAACAAAUAUUACCUGCAGGUGUCUGGAAAAUUCUUUUAACACGAACAGAGUAAAUGAGCUAGGAGAAGGCAAGAUUUUGUUUUUAAUCUGGCCGUAGUCAUGGAACCCUGCAUUGAUAGCAAACAAGGAUUCGGAUAGAUGCCUCUCCAACACUACUUGCUCCUUGAACAUCUUUGAACCAGCAGAUGCGUAAGUAAUCCCCGUGGUGAUUUUGCUUCUUUGAUGCUUUGAAAGAACAAGGUAGGCAAGGGGGAGUGGAAGCCCAAGAAGUAUAGCUGCAUAACAUAUGAAACACGGAUUAACUUGUGGGCAAAUGCAAAAUUUUGUAUCAGAAUGAAACUAUCCUUGGGUGGAUCAGAGAAUGCUAAGAUCUUGGAAAAUAGUGAAGUUGUUGUAGGGGUGUCUUACCAAGGUAAUCAACCACUGUUUUGCUGUUUGUGCAUCGGCCGGUAGGUUUGCCACCAAAAUCUAUACCAUAAGGAAGAAAUCAUGCUUCAUUUGUGAGAGCCCCAAGAUAGUAGCUAUUCCCAUUUUCAAAGAGAGAAUCACCAAAAACAUACAUAGCUGGGAUGUUUUUCGAGCUGCGUUUCAAUUGCUUUGGUGGCCAUUUUUGAGAUAACUCCAGUGUGCGAGAAGAGAAGCCAAUUGUAGUCCCCCUUGGGAAGGACUGACCAAGAGCUGUUUUGCUUCUACCCUUAGUGAUGAUGGAACUAGAACAAUUACUUGAGUUUUCAAAGCAGAAAAUCAUCAAAACUUAGGAUUAAAGUGAAAUCACAUUUGGGUAAAUUACAAUUUACCCAUUGCGGUUUGGUCAAAAGUAGUUUGCCUUCUGCGGUUAAAUAGAGAGAGAUACUUUUUCCCCACACAGAUAUUGAGAUAGGUAAUAUUUAUUGCUCUUUUGUAUCUGUUAUCUGAA